AUGGAUGAUAAUGCGCCGUGUCACCGAUCAGUGCUGGUUGAUGACUUCCUUGAAACAGAAAACAUCCAGCGCAUGUCAUGGCCUGAGAACUCCCCUGAUUUAAAUCCUAUUGAGCAUGUAUGGGAUAUGCUCGGGAGACAAAUUGCAGCCCUUUUGCACCCACCAAGCUCCAUUACAGAACUGAAGAGAACUCUCCAAGAAGCUUGGAACCGUUUGAGCCCACAACUCAUUCAUCAUCUCAUAGCAAGUAUGGAAGAGUUGAAACAGUUGAGUGAUAAAGAAAGAGAAAAAGAUCCUUGGAAUAUUUGUAGAUUAAAAGAGCAGAUAGAAGAUUUGCAGAGGAAAAGAAAAGAAGGGGAACAGAGUAUGCAGAAAAGAUAUAUGCAUCACUUAUUCAAAUCAAAUUCAUGUUCUAAAGAGACUGAUGAGGAACGUCUCCAAAAAGAGAUUGCACAAGCAUGGGAAAAGAGAAAAGAAGAAUUAGAAAAGUUAAGUAUUGAAAAACAAGAAAAAGAAAAAGAGAAAAUCAAAAUUCUGGAAUCUGAGCAACUGAAAGCCACCCGAGAAGCCAGGGAAGUUGAAAUGGAACAGCUAAAAGAGCAAGAAAGUUGGGCUAAUUUUAUACAGAAAAAGAUGGACGAUCUUAAUGCUGCUGAGAAUGAGACACAAAAACUAAAGGCUGAAAAAGAUAUUCUCAUUGGACAUAUGGAAACUUUGCUUUCUUUGCAACAAAGGCGAGAUUUAGUUCGGGAUUUACAAAGAAAAGGGUUUCAAAGAAUACAAAGUAUGUGGCAGCCACGGGACAAACUACGAAGGAUGUUAAAUGAAGUGCAGCAUGGCUUGGAUUUUGAUAGCAAACUUCUUGUUUCUCUAUCUGAAAUGAAUAGUACAGCUACUGAGGAUACAGCUUUGGCAUUACUGAACUUAGAUAGUGUCAAAGAAACUAAGGAAAAAAUAACUAUGCAAAUUGCACUAGAGAAGGAAAGGGAACUUGAAAUUCAACAAUUAUACCAUGAGGAAGCAUCUACACUGUGGGAAAAGAGGAAAGAAGAGUGGUAUUUAGAAUCCAUUGCAAGGGAUCAAAUCAUGAAUGAU